UAGGAACCAUUGAAGUGGUCAGCGUUUCCUACCGGAAUUCCCUUAUGACGGUGUAGUCAGUUUUGACGAAGGCAGUUAUUAUUUUAGCACCUAAUUGAGGCUAAACUUUGAAGGAAAUUCUCCCUGAAACGUGACUAAGACGAGCCGGGCUCCUCAACACCGUCGGUGUGUGUGAGGUUCGGUGCUAAAACUUGCUGUUUUCACAGCUAACGCCAUCUUGUGGAUUAACUUUUGUUUUUACUAACAGCGUUUGGUCAGAGUGAGACCUCGCUUAUUCGCCCCUGGUGUGUCACAGAGCAUGAGCAAAGAGUCCAGGAUGAGGGCAACAGUAAACCAGAAGCUGACCGAGAUGGGCGAACGAGAAAGACUGAAGGAGAUACUGAGAGCUAAGCUCACUGAGUGUGGAUGGAAAGACCAGAUGAAGGCUCACUGUAAAGAAGUGAUCAAAGAAAAAGGCCUGGAGCAUGUCACCGUGGAGGAUCUGAUGGUGGAGAUCACUCCUAAAGGAAGAGCCUUGGUACCAGACAGUGUCAAGAAAGAGCUUCUCCAUAGAAUAAGAGCAUUUUUAUCUCAGCAUGCCACAUAAGUUUGAUUUUCACAAUUUUACCACAUAUUUUAUCAGACCAUUUGCCUUUACUGUCAUGAUGAUGGUGUAUUUUAAUGAAUUGAUGUACAAGUACUGUGCAGAAGUCGUAGGGCACUACCGACUUUGUUGUUUUUCUGUCAGAUUCUGUGAUCUUUAGCAUUAAUAAGGGUUCCACUCUAGUUUUAAGAGAGGCAUGUCGUGUUAUGUUUCAAGUGUAAGGGUUGGUCACGUUAAAUAGUGGGCAUUCUAACAUGGAGAGGCUGUUUUUUUUAUGAAUAAAUAGUUAUUGUAUAACCGCAUGCAUGUUUCAUGGAUGUGUUCCAACAAAGUCAAUUAAAUAAUUGUACUGUAUACCACAAAUCUAAGACUUUUGCACAGUACUGACAGUCUCUUGGCUAUAUUUCAUGGAGUGUUUGUAACCUGUUGCAGUUGCACCCAAGUUGUACAUUCAAUUGACUUUUAAUGAUUGUAAAAAUGAGAAUAAAGUUUUUUGAUUUAUUAGA